AUGGCCUGGGACACCUUGUGCAGCCAGGACUUACAGCAACCUAGGAUAAGAAGUGCCUCAAGUGACAGUGGGAGCAGCACCGGGACACCAUUCCUGGAGGAGCUGCGGCACCUGCUCUGCACAUAGACACCCCCCACAGGGCAUGUGGAUGAAGUCUGGCCAAACCUUUAUGUGGGAGACCUGUACGUUGCUCGUGACAAGGCCCAGCUGAGCUGCUUGGGCAUCUCCCACGUUGUGAACGCUGCUGCCGGGAGGUUUCGCAUCAACACUGGGCCCAAGUUCUACAAUGACUUGCCUGUGGAUUACUAUGGAAUAGAAGCAGAGGACAACCCAAACUUAGGCCUCAGCAUUCACUUCUAUCCAGUUGCUCAGUACAUCAGAGAAGCAUUGAAUUCCCCAAGAGGCAAAGUACUGGUUCACUGUGCAAUGGGAAUCAGUCUGUCUGCAACUCUUGUACUCGCUUUCUCAAUGAUCUGUGAAGGUAUGUCCCUCACCACCACCAUUCAGACUGGGCGCUCCCACAGAGGCAUCUGCCCCAACUCCGGCUUCCUCCAGCAGCUUCGGGACUUGGACCUCCGGUUAGGAAGGGGCACAGGCAGAGGAGCAGAGGCCUGCUAGUGCCAGAAAGAAGCUUUGUCUCCUGGCACCAGCCCAAGAGAUGCUGCCCUCACUGAGGUGUGCAAGGAUGCUGUCAGGACUGCUCUGUAGCUGCAUGGAGAAACUCCGGGGAAAGGCUGAGCAUAAGCAAACUCUCAGGAACUGUCAGGCAUGUAUUUUUUGCAUAAGCACACUAACUGGAAAAAACAUGGAAUAAAGAAGG